AAUCGAAAAAAAAAAAUGUCGGAUCGUCUUUCUCAAAAGUUGCUUACUGAAAUUUUGUCAAGAUUGCCUGUGAAAUCACUCCUCAAAUGCAGGUGCGUUUCCAAAUCUUGGUACUCUUUAAUCACCAACCCUUCUUUCAUAGCCCACCAUCUCGAGAAAACCGCUCCAAGAAACAGUGGCCUACUUAUCUUUAGGUACAGCACUAUCGCAGAACUAGACACAGAGUCAGAUAAUGAGCGUUAUUUUCUAUACCCAGAUGAGGGUUUCCCUGAAAACCCUGUCGAGGAACUUGAUUGCCCAUUUAAAGGCGUUAAGCGUUUUGUUAAUAUAGUGGGUUCUUGUAAUGGGGUCUUUUGUCUAUCUGAUAAUGUUGGUGGCAUUAAUACAUACAGAGCUGCUUUGUGGAACCCUAGUGUUAGAAAGAUUGUUAAAAUUCAUUUUCCUAAAGUUAACUAUACCUCAAAAGGACCCUUUAUUCACUCACUUGGGUUUGGUUUUGAUUCCACUACUGAUGAUUAUAAGUUGGUGAGAGUAGUGUAUUUGAAAGAUAGUACUCUUAACUAUAAUGAGUUUCCGCCUUUGGUUGAGAUUUACAGUUUGAGAAGUAGGGGUUGGAGAAAGGUUGAUAAUAAUCUGAAAUAUGUUAUGCGCGAGGGCUCAACGUCUGCUUUUCUGAAUGGAGCUUGUCAUUGGGUUGCCACUAAGGAGGAUGGUAUAAGCGAAGUGAUUGUGUCCUUUGCUUUGGGAGAAGAGGUGUUUGGAGAAAUGGAGGUACCAGAUUGUUUGGUUAACAAAUAUAUCUUUAUGGAUAUUGCUGUGUUUGAUGGAUCACUUUUGCUGGUUCCUUUUAUGAAAUUUACUACGGAAAGGUGUUUUUCAGUUUGGAUAAUGAAAAAAUAUGGUGUUCCAGGAUCUUGGACCAGACUUUUCAAUAUUUCACAUUUGGAAUGGAUACGAAGGUUAGUUGCAUUUAGGCAAAAUGGUAAGGUUCUACUGGCAAAAGUGGAUGGAGAGCUAGUUUUCUAUGAUCCAAAGACAGAAGAAAUCUCGGCUACAGAAAUUUUGGGCAAUUCACGCUCCUUUUAUUUGGACACUUUAGUGGAGAGUCUUGUUUUACUCGAUGAAGCAAAUGAAUUUGCAGAGGAGGAAGCUUCUGAGGAUGAUGGCACAAAUGGAGUUUCAAAGGAGCCUUCUUCUUCUCCUGAUGGCGCAGACAAGGACUUGCAGAAGAUCAGUGAAGGGAAGAAGAAUGCCAACAGUCCUGUGAUACUGAACGAAGCAAAUGAAAUCUUCGAGGAGGUUGCACCUAGUUCUAAUUCAACGAUUGAUAAAGCAAAUGAAGAAUCAAAGGAAGAAGCACAGGGAGAGUCAAUUUCUACAGAAUGAAGCAAAUGGUGUCUUGGGGAGCAUGAUUCUCCUGCACAAAUUGUAUCAAAUUCCAGCAACUGGAUGUUCAAAUCAAUCGUCUUCAUGUGCUAGUGUGGACCAGAACUAGUAGUGGUUGUAGCUCUAUCGUACAUAAGCUUAAUGGAGCAUCUAUCGAGUUUUUGUGAUUGCAAAUUUAGUUCUACCAUUAGAUUUUAAUAUCAACUUUAAAAACAUAGCUCUGAGUCUUGAAUCUUGAUCAGCUAGACUCCAUUACAACAUGUGAUGUGCAUAUUUUCAUAUGAUUAGGUCUGCCCAUCUGAUUUUUGAAUGUUAGAAUGUACAUUUGCAUGGUGUUUUGGACUAGAUACUGAGAUUUUAAUCAGUGAAAUUAGAUGUUUUA